AUGGGAGAUCCUGGAGAGGGGGCGAAAGGAGAGGAUGAAGAUACUUUGGGUAUUUACGUAGGCGCUCGCAACCCAGAAGGUGACCGCCAUGGUGAAGGAUGGGCAGUACUCCCAAAUGGCGAUUUUUAUGAAGGUUGCUACUGCAGAGGGAUGAGGAAUGGAAAGGGCAUGUAUGUUUUCAUGAAGAAUGGUGCUCGAUAUGAAGGAGAAUGGCGAAAGCACAUGAAGUACGGAGUAGGCAAAAUGAUAUACCCAGACGGCUCAAGAUACGAAGGUGACUGGAAACAUGAUUUGAAACAAGGAUUUGGGGCUUACUACUACCCCAAUGGAGACAUUUACGAAGGAGCAUGGUUUAAAGGCAAACGCCACGGCUUGGGGACUUAUUUCUUUUCAGAAUUUAAUGUAAAAUUCAUGGGUACAUGGAAAGAUGGAGUAAUUAUAGGCCCUGGACAGAUUAUAUAUCCACGUUACCGAUUCCAUGGCUCUUGGACAAAGGGAAUGCCAAAAGGGACUGGUUGUUUUGUUUUUGAAACAAAUUGUAUGCAACAUGGAUUCUAUUUGCUGAUAAAAGAUUCUGCUGCCGAAGAGUUCGGAGAAGGCGAAGAAGAAAAGGAAGACAUUAAAAAAGAAGAUGAGAAAAUGGAAGGCGAAUAUGAAGAGGAAUUCGACGAGACUUUGGGCAAAAUCGCAGUAUGGCGCGCUCGCAACGUCACAGCGUACAUGGCCGAAUUCCUUCCACCGGAGCCUGUUCCCCUCCCUGUUCACGAUUCAAUACCAUCGCUCACGGAUGCUAGUUGCAUUACGGACAACUUGGUCUUCGAACUUCCCUCUGUGGUGGCUGAAGAAGAAGGCGCUGAUGAUAAUGACUCCUGGCUUCUCCAUCGGCAAAAAUUCUUUGAAGAAAGUGACUCAAAAGUAAACUAGUGUUUUUUGUACAAAUUUUGAUUCUUAGGUGCAUUGUUUUAAUAAAUAAAGUAUUUUCUAUUUAUUCAAGUGAA